GACGCGGAAGUCAGUCGUGAUGCAACUUGGCCGACGAGGCAGGAAGUGAAACCGAACACGUUACAUGUUAAACGUGCAAUUUUCAAACCUGGAGUUUCACGUAUUCUUUUUACGGUGACGGAACACUUCUGUGAUUCACGUGGACUAAAUCGAACAGGCUUAGGUGAUCAUGACAGAGGAAUGGCGAGAAAGUUUGGACAAUAUGAACAAAAAUUGUAUCAGCAGACUUCAAGAGUAUGCAGUGAAGAGAAAGUAUGAGGUCCGAUAUGAAGAAACGAUUACAGGCGAUGGAGGCUUUCAGUAUGACGUGUACUUUGAGAAAUUCGUUGCAUCUGGAACUGGAAGUAGGAAAAGGGAAGCAAAGGAGGCGGCAGCAGACCGUGCUCUCCGGUCUCUAUAUAGCAACAGCGGAAACAAUCAGAGUGAAGCAAAUCAUCAAUCGGAUGAGACCAGCACUUAUAUGUAUAUCAGGGAUGGCAUGAUUUGUUCUGAUAAGGAAGAAAAUGGAAGUGAAAGUGAAAGUUCGACUUAUGCCGUCUCAAGAGAAUUAAGCAAAUAUACUCCUUCUCGUUCAAAUGUAAAUUUGCCGAGCUGGGGCCAAAUAGAGCAGACGAGUCCUACCAACUGCAUUUCUUCAGUAUCAACUGGAAAAAAUCCCAUUAGUGCAUUCAUGGAAUAUGCACAAGCAAAAGGAGAAAUUGGCAGUUUUGAAGAAGAAGCUAAAUGGGGCCCUUCUCAUUGUCCAACAUUCAAAAUACGGGCUCUUCUUGGUAAAAGAAAAUUAGCUGAAGGAACUGCAGGUAAUAAGAAGGAUGCGAAGAAACGGGCGGCGGAAGCAUCCAUUAAUAUGUUGUCCACAAGCUCACCAAGCAAUGCUUUGGUUUAUCGGGAUUCCGUGCCCACUCUUUCACGAUUACUGGACGAUCAGAAUACCAGUAUAUAUCCUGCUGGAGCUGACCCAAUCAGUGUCCUUAAUGAAUAUGCCCAGAAAAGGGAUCUAGAACUGACUUUUCCGGAUCAGGAUGUUUCCGGGGCAGAUCAUGAAAGAACGUUUACGCUUAGGGCGAUGAUAGGAAAUAUGGACUUUCCCUGGGCAUCAGGCAGUACAAUCAAAGAGGCAAAACGAGAAGCGUCCCGAAAAGCAUUAAAGCAGUUAAAACAGAACGGACUCUAUUACUACCAAUCCGGGAUGUCUACGUUCACGAUAAGCCAGCCACUGACAUUCCAGGACAGAAUGGCUAAGCUCUGCCAUGAGAAAUUUGAUAGAGUCGUAGCAGACAUAUCUGAGAACCUCGCCGGUCGUAAGGUGAUAGCAGGCAUCGUCAUGGAAUCUACAACUAGCAAGACCUUUGACGUCAUCAGCAUAGCUUCCGGGAACCGUUUCAUCAAAGGAGAUGCACUGACGACAGAGGGACAAGUGCUGGUGGAUUCGCACGCUGAGAUCUUAGCGUCACGAGGAAUGAGAAGGUUUCUUUACAAUCACUUGGCAAAACUCAGUAGAGGGGAAAAGUCUUAUGUCCUGCGACGACAUGGGGCAGGGAAGGCUGAAGUAGUUCCAGAUAUCAAGUUUCACUUGUACAUAUCAACCGCACCAUGUGGUGAUGGGGCAAUUUUCACGCACAGUACUGGCCAAUCAAAUGAUGAACCAGGCAGUCUGAAUGUAAAAGAUCACAAUCCAACCUUUGCCGAUAACAAACAAGGACAACUGAGGACAAAGAUUGAGCAAGGUGAAGGACAGAUUCCGACGAAUAAGAUGCACGUGAGUCACCAGUACCAGGCCAUGGAUGCAGUGAGAGGCGGAGAGCGACUGCUCGUCAUGUCCUGCAGUGACAAGAUUUGCAAGUGGAACAUGUUGGGAAUGCAGGGGGCACUACUGGCCAGUCUAAUGAAGCCUGUAUACUUCAGCUCCAUUACAUUAGGAACUCUAUACAAUCACGGACACAUGGCGCGAGCGAUGUGCUGCAGAUUAGAUAAUAACGUCCUGAUGAUGCAUGACAUAUUGUCAGAUGGUUAUAAAGUUAAUCAUCCAUUGCUUGGUGCUGUAUCUCGCAAGGAAGACCCUAGACGUAGCGUUGACAAAUCGACUUCGUAUAGUAUCAACUGGAACACUGCGGACGAUAGCACCGAAAUGACGGACGGUCCUACCGGUCUACAACACAGCGGUGGAUACAGUAGAUCUACGUCAAGAUCAAGAUUGUGUAAACAACAGUUUCUUCAGUUAUACAAACAAAUCUGUACGGAUGUAGGCUUUCCGCACUUGGUCAAAGACGAUUAUCUGGCGACCAAAAGAGCAUCUACAAUAUAUCAGAGUGGCAAGAAGGCUAUGUAUGCGAUCCUUCACAGUAAGGGGUAUGGCACCUGGGUAGGGCUGCCGAGAGAAUGCCAGGAAUUCUCCACGACUUCCACACCCACUGUCCAUCGUAUUGUCGGCCUACUUCAUUGAGGGAUCUAUCGCUUCCAAAUCCAUCAUCUGGUGAUCGAGUUUAUUCCAGUCUUUCCAUUAUGUCUGAGGAAUGAAGGACAAUUUUCAUUUAUUCCCUUUCUUGAAAGACUUACAUUGAUUUGUAUGGAGAACAAAUGUUGAUAAUUUCAGCAUACAUAAUCUUUGAUGAUAUAUUUU